CGGUGUGAAGGAGGAGGGAAGGACAGUGAGCGCUCGCGGAUAUGCGUGCGUGCGGCUCCCAGUGCAAGAUGGACGCGUGGAUCCGGUAGCGCGAGCCGCGCGCGUGUCUGUGCAUCACAGAAAGAGAGAGAGAGAGAGAGAGAGAGAGAGAGAGAGAGAGAGAGAGAGAGAGAGAGAGAGAGAACUAAUGAUUAGACAAAGAUUUAGAUGAUAUUUUUGAAUAAGUACAGACUGCAACAGGUUUGUGAAGGCGAGAGAGAGAGGGAUAGAGAGAGAGAGAGAGAGAGAGAGAGAGAGAGAGAGAGAGAGAGAGAGAGAGAGAGAGAGAGAAAUAAUACAAAACAAUACCGUACACACACCGGGGACGGGGUGCAGGUGCGCGAGCGAGCGAGCACAACGCAUUGGACUGCGUGGAUUUAAUACACGACUGACAGUAUGAUGCCGAUGUUUCUAACCGUGUACCUCAGCAACAGUGAGAAGCACUUCACCGAGGUGCCUGUAACCCCGGAGACUCUGUGCCGGGACGUGGUGGACGUGUGUAAGGAACCUGGAGAGACCGAGUGCUACCUGGCUGAGAGCUGGAGAGGGUCAGAGCGUGUGGUGAGUGACGGUGAGAGGAUGAUGGAGCUGCUGCAGCGCUGGGGACAGCAGAGGUCCGAGGUUCGGUUCGUUCUCCACCACGAGCGAGCACCAGGUCAUGACACAGGGGCUCCCAGAGGCCUGGAGCUCUCGCUGAAGAGGAACAUGCUGAAAACCUCGAGUGAGACUCACCUUGAGAACGGGAUGAUUCCUCCUCCUAUGGACAUAAGUAUCACAGAGUUGCAGGAGAUGGCAUCCCGGCAGCAGCAGCAGAUCAAUGUGCAGCAGCAGGUUCUGGCAUCCAAGGAGCAACGUCUUCGCAUUCUGAAGAUGCAGGAACAGCAGCAGCGUGAGCAGGAGAAACUGCGGCUGUUACGCGAGAAUGCUGAGAACCAGGAGGCAAAACUGCGGCGUGUUCGGGCGCUCAAGGGUCAGGUGGAGCAGAAACGCCUCAGCAACAGCAAACUAGUGGAGGAGAUUGAGCAGAUGAACGGUCUGUUCCAGCAGAAGCAGAGGGAGCUGCUUGUGGCCGUAUCCAGGGUGGAGGAGUUGAGCAAGCAGCUGGAAACGUUACGCAGCGGCAAACUGGACGAAAUCGCUGAACUUGAGAGACUCUACAAAGAACUUCAGCUGCGGAACAAACUGAACCAGGAGCAGAGCGUGAAGCUCCAUCAUCAGAAGGAAUGUCUGAGUAAACGCACACAGGAAGUCGCCGGGAUGGAGCGGCGCCUGGCCGACCUGCGUCAGAGACUGUGGAAGAAGAAAGCAGCACUACAGCAAAAAGAAAAUCUGCCUAAGCCGGGUGAUGGCCAGAGCGCUCAUCCACCCUCAGUUCAGUCCAGAAUUGCUGCCGUCGGCCCAUACAUUCAGUCUCCUGCUCCUCCACUUCCACCCAAACAGGAUGUCCUGGUGAAGCCGGCCUAUCCAGAUGGCACUAGCACACUGCCCAAACCACUUACUAAAUCCAUCGGUAAAAGCUCCAAGCUGUCAGAAUGGAGUGUAAGUGGUGAGAUCAGCGGUGUGGGUGGGUCUCAGCGAGGCUAUGCCUCCACACUGCCCCGUAUGAGCAGCCAUGGCUCCAUGGAGAAAGAUCCUGAGGCAGAUUGGAAGCCACCACCACUUCCGUUACGGAAGAAUCAGAGCAACGAGGACCUCUUAAACGAUGGCCAAGUUGGAGGUAAAGUGCCCCCUCCAGUCCCCAGCAAACCCAAGCUAAGUCAGCCUGGCUUUCCCAAGCCCUGCUUCUCCACUGGCACCUUUCCAGGCAAAACCAAACCUGCCCACCAGCUGGCCCCGCACUUCCCGAAGGCACCGAUGCCUGCAGCCACUGUACGGCCAUUCAGCAUGGAGGGCUCAACAAGCAAAGGACCCACUAUCCAGAAACCUCAGACACUGGCAGCCAGCUCCAUCUACUCCAUGUACACGCAACAGAGCUCGCUGGCUAAGGGCUAUCAGGGUCAGAGCACACUGACCCGCUCACAGCCUCGGGUGUAUGGAAAACCAGUCAUCCCGUCCAGCAGAGGGCAGCAAUUCCACUCCCAGGACGGCAGCCAGAAUGAGAAAGGCAGCUCUGUCGAGGCUGAUCUUGUGGACCAACCUCUCGUCAGCGGACCCAUUGAGGGUACGGAGUCAGAGCGAGCACCGCGUCCACUGAGUCCCACCAAACUGCUACCGUUCCUGACGCACCAGCACCGCCUGCAGAAUGACGCUGAAUUGGAGACACCGCGCAGGAGGCUACAGCAUGCGCCACGUCCAUUAAAGAAGCGCAGCUCCAUCACAGAGCCCGAGGGACCCGGAGGACCCAACAUCCAGAAACUUCUUUACCAGAAAACAACACUGGCGGCCAUGGAGAUGCCAGAGAUUAACACGGCGGCUGCUGACGACACAGGGGGCCUGUCACUUAAAGCUCGAAAGUCGUUCGGUACAGACAGGGAUGGAGAGGAGGAAGAUCAUACUCCGCAUAAUCUUCCACCACGUUCUUCUGCUGCAGAACAGUGCAGAAGAACUGAACUGAAGGAGGAUGAUCAGCAGGAGGUGGGUAGUUCAGUCCCAGCUGAGGAUUUCCCUCCAUAUCCUCCACCCCCAUACCCUAGCACAGACAACCAGGAAGGGCAGGAAGAGGAAGAGGAAUGCGGCAUGAAGACACCAGAGGUGACAGGACAGGUCACCCAACCACCGGGGAAACGAACAAACUUGAGGAAGGUGGGGUCAGAGCGGAUCAGCCACAGUAUGAGGGUGCGCUUUAAUCCGCUGGCCCUCCUGCUGGAUGCCUCACUGGAGGGCGAGUACGACCUGGUGCAGAGGAUUAUCUACGAGGUGGAGGACCCCAGCAUGCCCAACGAUGAGGGCAUAACGGCGCUCCACAAUGCAGUGUGUGCAGGACAUACGGAGAUCGUCAAGUUCUUGGUGCAGUUCGGAGUCAACGUCAACGCAGCCGACAGCGACGGCUGGACGCCCCUGCACUGCGCAGCUUCCUGUAAUAACGUUCAAGUGUGCAAGUUCCUGGUGGAGUCAGGCGCAGCCGUGUUUGCCACGACAUACAGCGACAUGCAGACAGCGGCGGAGAAGUGUGAGGAGCUGGAGGAGGGAUACGCUCAGUGCUCACAGUUCCUUUAUGGUGUGCAGGAGAAGAUGGGAGUGAUGAACCGUGGUAUCGUGUACGCGCUGUGGGACUACGAGGCCGAUCACUCUGACGAGCUGUCGUUCAUCGAGGGAGACUGCAUAACCGUGCUGAGACACGAAGACAGAGACGAGAACGAGUGGUGGUGGGCGAGGUGCGGAGACAACGAAGGAUACAUUCCCCGCAACCUGCUCGGGCUGUAUCUGCGGAUCAAACCCAGACAGAGGAGUUUAGCCUAGACCUCACCACGGACCAUUCCCAAUCCGACCGACAUUCCCUCAAUUCUAGUGCGCACUGACUGCAAAGGGCUGAAGAUAACAAGACAGUCCGAAGUGCUUCUUCUCAACACACUGCUGCAUUCCAGAGGUUCACUUUUCCUGUUCACUGAUUCAUCAUCUUCAGAGGCACGAUGGAGGAUAAGAAGGAUUUGUAAUAUUGACAUCUGAUGAAUGUUUAAUCACUGUUGUUCAUGGCCUUUCUAGGUGAAUGUAUUUCAGAAAUAAAUUAUUUGCACAGCUAUUAAGUUAUUUGUACAGCUGUACAGAGGUGAUGGAAAGUUUGUGUUCAUCCUGAUAUCACCCAAUGAGUCAAUGAUCAUGUGACCAACACUUUGCUUUUCUUCUAAGGCUUGAGUUUAGCAGACAGGAUUUCUAGAAAGCGUCUCUAGUGAUGUCAUACAGUCGAGUUGAGCAAACCUAGCUUAAGCUCCACCCACACUGACAAAAUUCAGGGUGUCCGUGUCACGUCGCUUUAAUCGAUUUUCUGCUGUUUAAUUUAACAACUUCAAUGUGCUAACAGGGUAACUAUUUAUCUGCUAAUAAAUAUCUUCUUUCCUUUUUUUCAUGAAGCUUAAAAAUAAUAAAUAAUCACUAUGGUGCUCAAUAACACAGGUUCAUGAAUAAUGGCCUGAAUAAAUGACAUAUUGUUCAAAAUAAAUCAAUAAAACCUUUGUAUUGAAACGCUGCUUAUCACAAUUUUUUUAAACCCACCACGUGUGCUAAUACUUCUGGAGCUGGCUGCGUAAUUCCCCAGUGAUUCACUCAGGAAGCAAAGUCCACAAUAAAACACCUCUUUAUUACUUACAAACUAGUUGCGUUUAAGUACAGUCCAGUUCACAGACGCUAAAUUCAUGGAACUCCGGAAUCUAAUGAGCGCGUCCCAGAAUUCCGCGCGGCAUGCGGUGUAUCAGCCAAACGCUGUGCCACGGGGCAAAAGUGUUAGAAAAAUGUUACACACUGCACAGUAAUAAGCAUCAAAAAUAUCCAGUGCAAAAUGAGCAGCUGUGGGUCACGAAGUACAACACCUUUUUAUUUAUCACGAAUUAUAAUUAGUCGCAAAGAAUGUCAGGAAUUCAUGACUUAGAGUAGCAUAAACGCACACAACAUAACAUGCAAAUCGCUAACAUCUGACAGGAAAAUGUGAGAGCAGCCUUACAGUCCUCGCUCGGCACAAUCGAGCCGGAAUCGUACUUGGGUCCGCAGACGGAACGUCUUAUUCCAGCUGUCAUGUAAAAAUCGUUUGUAAAUGGAAGUAAAUCCAUCCGAAAAUUUAAUUUAAAAAAAUAAAAGAAAUCCUACUAAAA